UUUCCAUCGAUGUAUUUUUUUCUUCUACAGAGUGCGCCGUCACUACAACUCUGCCAUUCAAGGGACGUCACUCUAAUUUCCCUACAGUGUUGAACUGGUUGUGUGGUCUUCAUGUCUGUUGCAAGUUCAAGUCUCAAUGGCGACACGCAUGGGUUGCUGAUGAUCAACACUAAUCCCGAACAUCGAGGAGGGAGGCACGCACGGAUUGCUGAUGAUCAACUCUAACCAGCAACGUCAAGGGGGGCUUGGCAUAUUGUGUAUGUUUAAGCUGGGUUUGGGAAUGCUAAGGUCGUAUGCUGCGAUCCAUCUCUUCUUACAGACGUUCUGUCGACUUCAAACAUGCGGACCCUUACAUUGUGCUUCGAGAUGUCAGUUUCAACCCUCCUGCCGGCCUUUGUGCUUCUGUCGUUAUUCCUACAAGGAACUCUCGCACAAAGUGGUAUCAUAUGCCUUGACUCGCCGCCGCUAAUUAUCGAAAACGAGGGUCCACUGACCUUGACCUUCACUCGUAAACAAGGCACUUCCGGCACCAUAACAGCCACAUACACCAUAUUUCCUCUAACAGCAACGACUGCAGAUUAUGGCGGGAGCAGCACUGGGACCAUCACCAUGAACGACGGGGACACAACUGCCUCUCUUGACAUACCCAUAACCAAUGAUGUGCUUAUGGAGUCAACUGAACAGUUCCGCUUCAUGCUGACCGGGGCGGACGUUGGGCCUGACGGUAACGUGCUUAUCAACAUCCAGGAUGAUGAUGUCUAUUCGCCGUGGACUGAAUGGGUGGACGGAACGUGCAGUACCACGUGUGACCUAGGGAUCCAGACAGACACACGUGACCGGACAUGUCUGUCGCCAUUCGCCGCGACCCUAUGCGUCGAGCCCCUCACAGACAACAGAACCAAUCCAUGUAACCUCGGGAACUGCACAGUGGUCACCGAUUGGUCCGAAUGGGCUAAUAGUGGAGCAUGCUCAGUGACGUGCGGGUCGGGGACAGUGACACAGGCUAGGAACCGUACCUGUUCCGCUAACUGUCCGACCACUUUCAUGGGAAUGGAGACGAGGACUGUGGCGUGUGACGAAAGCCCAUGUCCAGUGGUCACCGAUUGGUCCGAAUGGGCUAAUAGUGGAGCAUGCUCAGUGACGUGCGGGUCGGGGACAGUGACACAGGCUAGGAACCGUACCUGUUCCGCUAACUGUCCGACCACUUUCAUGGGAAUGGAGACGAGGACUGUGGCGUGUGACGAAAGCCCAUGUCCAGUGGUCACCGAUUGGUCCGAAUGGGCUAAUAGUGGAGCAUGCUCAGUGACGUGCGGGUCGGGGACAGUGACACAGGCUAGGAACCGUACCUGUUCCGCUAACUGUCCGACCACUUUCAUGGGAAUGGAGACGAGGACUGUGGCGUGUGACGAAAGCCCAUGUCCAGUGGUCACCGAUUGGUCCGAAUGGGCUAAUAGUGGAGCAUGCUCAGUGACGUCU